AUUUCAAAGUAGAAGACUCAGUGGUCACCGGGUCAUUUCUUUUUGUUAUUUAUUAUUUUAAGAAGGAUUUGGUGUGAAGUAUGAUGUUAAAUAACGCUAAAUUAUUGAAGAAUGUCGCAAACAAGAGCAGCUCUUGUUUUCCAGUUCCAAAGCUUCUUGAGAACUUGAUGCCAGCACUGUCACUUAUCCCGGUGCGGACAGAAUAUACACGCCCAGGCUAUGGAUCUAGAUACGGUUUCACCAACUGGCCAAUGAAGAAAGAUUACACAAAACGGCAAUGUGUGAAGGAGAACUUUGUAACCAGAAUGCGACUUAAUGCCAUCAGGAAAAACAACAUUUUACCACUGGAACUCAGACAAAUUGCUGAUAAGGAGAUAGCAGAGGAACCAAGAGACAGUAACCCUAUCCGUUUGGUGAAUCGCUGUGUAUUGACUGGUCGUGGUAGAGGCACUGUGCAGCAUUACAGAGUGUCACGAAUCAUGUGGAGACAUUUUGCAGACUAUAAUAAAUUAUCUGGUGUUAAAAGGGCAUGUUGGUGAUGUUCUUCAAUGUGAAAAUUUACUUUGGAAAAAAUUAAAAUUUUAUUU